AGUGCCUAUGAAAAAUCUAAACAUAUUAUAGAUUACCUCAAAGAGGCUUCCAAAGGGUAUACCUCAAAAUGCCGCCAACUAACAGCAGUUCCUGUCAAUGUUUGUGACAGUUUGCAAAUAAAGGGCUUGAAAUUGGUGGAUUUUGAAAUGUUAAACUCCUGCUAUGAUGCCGAACUUAAUGUUUUACAGUUUCCAUUGAUGAAUGCUGGUAAUAGAAUAGUAGGCGAGAAAUUUUUAUAUUUAGAAGAUGGUAAAGAGGAGUGCUUUCAAAAUGACAAUUUAUCUGGAGUCUUACUAUACGGACCAUCCAAUAAACAAAAGGCCAUAGUUGUGGCCAAUUUAUUAGACUUUUUGGUGCUAAUCGCUCAGCGUAUUGAUACACAUGCUAUUGUCUGUUUACCCUAUGGUCUAAAAUGUCUUCCUCAAGAAUGUUUACCAACAUUGGAACAUUUUAAGGAACUGGUACUUUGGUUUAAGUGUGAUUCUACGGGAUGGGAUGUUGCCAAAACAUUUGCAAGUAAAAUUGAUGAAAGACGAUGCCUUUUAAUACGACCCACCGUUGCUGAACCAUCUCCCUUCGAUGCCCAACGAAAACGACUCAAUAUUCGCCACAUUUUGCAAAAAGCGACACCGGUACGACACAAGUCAAUUACGACCUUUAACUCCCUCAGAAAUGACGUUCUCAGUGAAUUGCAAAAUAUAGAGAAAGUGAAUGGUGUUAAAUGGAAAAGAUUUCCUAUACUUAAUAAACUACUGAAGGGGCACCGUAAGGGGGAGUUGACUAUAAUAACAGGACCCACAGGCAGUGGUAAAACUACAUUUAUGAGUGAAUACUCUUUGGAUUUGGCAUUGCAAGGAGUUUCAACACUAUGGGGUUCUUUUGAAAUAAGAAAUGCCCGUUUAGCAUCCACUUUGUUACGUCAAUUUGUUGGUUAUUCUCUGGAAAAGAAAUUGCAUGAAUUCGAUCAUUGGGCUACAGAAUUUGAAAAACAUCCCAUGUACUUUAUGACUUUUCACGGACAACAGCCGCUGAAAAUAGUCAUGGAAGCGAUAGAACAUGCACAUUAUGUUCAUGAUAUAAGUCAUGUUAUUAUAGAUAAUCUUCAAUUUAUGAUGGGCAUUUCAAAUACAUAUCGUACAGACAAAUUUUGGGAACAAGAUAGUAUAAUAGCCUCAUUUCGAGCUCUUGCUACAAAACACAAUGUACAUGUGACUUUGGUAAUGCAUCCACGCAAAGAAAGAGAAGAAGAUGAUCUAACUACUAGUUCAAUAUUUGGUUCGGCUAAGGCUAGCCAAGAAGCGGAUAAUGUUCUAAUUAUCCAGGAUAAACGUUUAACCAGUUUAAAGGGUAAAAAAUAUUUACAAAUUGUCAAAAACCGUUAUAGCGGAGAUUUAGGCAUAAUGCCUUUAGAAUUUAAUAAGGAUGCUUUAAGUUAUGCCUACUCCGGCCAAAAGAAAAAGAAGGAAAAAGACAUAGAAACGCAUUCACAAUCGUCAAGAGAGUUAUAGUAUUUAUUAUUUGUUAAUAUUAUACGAUAUAUUGUUAUUCUAAUUU